UGACAAGUAAAUUUAUCUCUCCACAUAAAAGGCAUAUAUAAUGGGGCCUAGAGGGAAAUGAAAGCUGUGGAAUGGUAUAAAGAGUGAACUGUCAUAACAAACCUUCCUAGGUCGUUGAGGCCAGGUGAAGUCUGAAGAGCAGGAAAGGAUUAAUAGAAAGCAGGAAACUGUACGUGAGUUGAAUGAAAUCCUCCCAAAGUCUCUUUCUAAAUUUUCCCACACACACACACUCUCUCUCUCUUGUCUCUGGUCUCUUCUCUAGAUUUUCUAUCAUCCCAAUUUCAAAGUUCAAACCAUCCAAAUCUUCUUCCUUGUCUCUCUCUACCAUGCGCACGUCAAAUACAGAUACAGUAGUAACAAACUCCCCCAAUUUCUCCCUCCCCUGCUUUCAUUCCUGUUUUUUGACUUUCUUAGUAGAGUUUUCCCCCAGCUUCCUCUAUAUUUCCUCUCGACUUUUCAGUUUUUUUUUUGUUUUUUUUUGGCCCCUCAUACUCAGGAUUCCAAUUGGGUUUUCAUCUUUCUGCUGAAGCACUCGAGUGCCUGUAGAAAAAACUUCGCCCCCAGCUACUUCUUCUUCUUAUUAUAAUUAAUUUGUUGUUUCUUUGACUACUAGCAUCAUGAAGAUCCAGCAGAAUUAAUGACCCCCGUCCUCAUCAAUAGAAGAAGAAGGAGAAGAAGAAGAACAAUAUAGCGAAUAUUCGGGGUUAAUUUGUGACAACCAUGAAAGAUCACCAGCAUCGGAAAAGUAGGCGGCGCUUUUUGCUGCCAUGGAUUUUCCUGCUCUGUUUCCUUUCCGCUGUCAUUUCCUUCCACUUCUUCUUCACAGGAACGCUGCUGCGUCCUAAACUGGUGACGUCAUCCUCCUUGCAAACCGCCCAAAUGGAAGCUAUUGCCGGCGAGUUAUCUUCUCCCUCUUCUCCUGCCGUCUCCGUUCAAGAAACCGUUAUAUUUCCGGACCAGGUUCUGUUGUUCCUGAAAUACCCUCCUUCCACUCCGUUAUUCACCAGGGACACCAUCUACUGCGUUUACUCUGCUCCUCCAAAUUCAUCUGCCGGAGAUGAUGAUCGUCGUCGCCGGUUUCAGCUGCCGCCAAAUUCCGUCGACGAUGAUUACUUUGGUCGCCAGAUCGUUCGGUGCCCGCUCAGUCCACGUGGCUCCAUCGUUUCGCUUUCCACCUCAUUCAACGGUAACCUUCCGGCUGACCCCACCUACUACAGGUGGGACUCCUUAGCCUACGAAGCUAUGAUCGAUAGGGACAACACAACCAUCGUCUUCGUGAAAGGCCUUCAUCUACGGCAAGGAAAGCUCUCUGACCCCACCAAGUUUAAGUGCGUGUACGGCCCAGAUUCCGCACACGGUGGCCCCAUCAAGUUUUUUAUCCAAUCUGACGUUGUAUCCAUUGCCCAGGAGAUCGUACGGUGCCAGACCCCGCCGGCUGUAUUAUAUAUGGUGGUGAACGAGAAUAAGAAAUGGGAUGAUUUGUUUAAGGUUUCAGUUCGAAUGAUUGGCAAGCGGAACCCAGUGAAGUCAGUUGCCAGGCUCGAACGCAGAUUCGGUCCCGGCCCAGCUGAUAAAGAACACGAGAUGUGCAUUUGCACCAUGUUGAGGAACCAGGCCCAAUUUCUACGGGAAUGGGUGGUUUACCAUUCCAGGAUUGGUGUGGGCCGGUGGUUCAUUUACGACAACAAUAGUUCUGACGAUAUAGAAAGCGUGAUCAAAUCAUUAGUAAACGCCGGCCACAAGAUCACCCGCCAAGUGUGGCCGUGGAUCAAGACCCAAGAGGCCGGGUUCGCCCAUUGCGCUUUGCGGGCGAGAGACACUUGCAAAUGGGUCGGGUUCAUCGACGUAGAUGAGUUUUUCCAUUUGGCUAGUGUAAACUCAUCCCUCCACGACGUCUUGGCGAAGUAUGGCUCGAGAGGGAGUGUGGUUGGUGAAAUACGGGUUGAUUGUCUCAACUUUGGCCCGUCGGGGCAAAAGCAAAUACCAGCCCAGGGAGUAACCGUGGGGUACACAUGUAGGUUGAGAUAUCCAGAGCGACACAAGAGCUUAUUGAGGCCCGAGGCAGUAAACGAGACGUUGAUGAGUUUGGUGCACCAUUUCCACCUGAAAUCAGGGUACAAGCACGUCAAUUUGGGUACCAAAACCUUGGUAAUCAACCAUUACAAGUACCAAGUGUGGGAAGUUUUCAAGGAGAAAUUCCAAAUGAGGGUAGCCACUUACGUGUCCGAUUGGCAAAAGGAUCGAAAUUCGCAUUCGAAAGACAGAACGCCCGGGCUGGGAACUAAAGCCGUUGAGCCCAGAGAUUGGAGCAGCCGAUUCUGUGAGGUGAAAGACACCAGGUUGCGUGAUCGGGUGAUGCAGACAUUUGCUGACCCAAAAACUGGCCGAUUGCCAUGGCAAUCAUCUCAGUUUGAUUGAGAAUGGUUUAGCCCAAAAUCCUUUUGCUUUGUACAGAUGAAUUUAGCUGAUUGAUUGAGAGAGUCACAAAAAUGUGGAUGCACAUAAGCACCUCAAACUGCAACUUCUUUGUGGGUUCAGAACUUCCUAUAUACUCUUAGUACUCCAUAGAUUAUAUAGAUACAAGAAAAGAAGUGACCAAGUUCUGUUUUAGUUACAAUAUAACAAUCGAAGGACAUUACUGUCAAAAAAAAAAAAACAAUUGAAGGACAUAGUAAUACUAUCACAUUAUCCUCUCAAGUAAUUAAAUUAAACAUCAUUCCUCCUUGACUUUCGAUAAACUGGAGUCUCUCAACAUAGAAAUUAGUUAGUUGUAUUUUGAAAUUUUGUGACUAUUAGUGAUAAGAUUAUGUUGGCAAGAAGCAAAGGACUUUUUCCCUUUUAAGUUGGGCCCACAUCCACAUACAGUAGUAUUAUCUUUUGUUUUUCUUUUAUUAUUAUUUUUUUUUAUCCACCACUAAUGUAAUUGAAAAACUCGACCGUUAGGAGGAAAGAAGCCCUCCCAA